GUCAUCCACAAAAAAGGGAAUGAGAAUAAGAGAAGAAACAAACAAACAAAGGGAGACUGUCUAUCUGUUCCCCACCCUGGGGCGAGCUGCCACUCUAACUCCUCAGCGUUAUUCCUCAGCGUCGGGGUGGAAGGGCCGUGUUCACUGGCUGAGGCAGAGAGACUCAGCGCUGGCUUUGCGUCCCGAGAACGGGGGCUGUGCACGAGGACGUUCUGCGUGGUGUCCGCAGGAGGACCUCCUCCUGCAGCGAGUGGUUUUGCGGGCUGGAGCGUCGGUCCAGCAGGGUUUCCCAUGGAUUAGCGGGAGUUUGUGGGAUUUGUGGAGCGCUCCUGGGGAAUAUGGCGCGGGUGGUGAAGGUUCCGCUGCGGAGGUCCUUCAGCGAGCACGUGAAGGAGUCCACCAGCCGGGCCUGGGACGUGUUCUGGAGGAGCGUGCGGGAGAAACGCCUCGCAGAAAUUGAAGCAAAGGAAGCUUGUGAAUGGCUGAGGGCUGCUGGCUUCCCUCAGUAUGUGCAGUUAUUCAGAGACUGUCAGUUUCCCGUUGACGUCGACGGAGUGAAGUCGGAUCACACGUUCCUGGAGCAGGACGCCAUCGACUCACUCUGCAGGAGACUACACACCUUAAACAGGUGCGCAGAGAUGAGGCUGGACACCGGCCGCUGGAGGAAGCGGAGCGAGGAGUCAGAGGAGGAGGAGCCGUGUGCGAUCAGCGGUAAGUGGUCGUUCGAGCGGGGGCUGGGGCGGUGGUCCCGGCAGGAGGGGGGGCUGGAGGGGCCGGGGGGGUCCCUGCACAGCUCCAGCUCCAGUGACGGCAGCGGAACCCCCAAACCCGGCGAGGACCCCCAAACCGGCCGCAGCUCCUCCCCCGACAGCCCCUCCAGCGCUCCCCCGUCGCCCGGCAACACGCCCCGCCCGGACAAGCCACCCCGGAGGCAGGGCCACAGCCUCGUGCGGAAGAUGGAGAGGCUGCGUCUCCGUGGCAACACGCUGAGGCUGCCAUCGCACGGCAACAAGCCCAAGGUUCUGAUCAGCGGCCCGGUUCUGCAGGAGGGCUUGGACCCGGAGCAGUGUGUGGACCUGUCCGGCCCCCCCUCGGACAGCCCCAGCCCCUCCCAGCCCAGCAGCCCCGUCACCCAGACCCGCAGCCACCGGCAACAGGCCCCGCCCCCCGCACACAGCCCCGCCCCUCACACGGCCCAGAACCUCCGCCUCCGCCCGGAGAGCCUGGCCAUCCGAAUCCCGCGGGGCCACAGGCCCGGGCCCUUCCCCACGGCCCCGCCCCAAGCCGCCCUGUCCCCCAUCGACCCCACCGCCGUCAACUGGAGAACGGGCAGUUUCCACGGUCACCGCAGGAGGCGGGGCCUGAGCAGCUGCUCGAAGGAGCACGGUCUGUCCGUCAGCCCGCUGGCGUCGCCCGGCAACCGCGCCAGCAUCCUGUCCAUCAGCCCGCUGGCGUCGCCCGGCAACCGCACCAGCGUCUACGACAACGUCCCCACCGUCUCACCCCAGCCCUGGAGCGAGGGGGAGAGGGGGCCGGGGAGCGAUGAUGAUGUGUUCUCGGCGCUCGACGGCGUGGCGGAGCGCAUCAGCAGCCUGCAGCACCUCGUCAGCGCCUGGAGCGAGGGGCUGUCCGACUCAGACUCCUCCCCCGGCCCCCCCUCCCCCAGAGACGUCCACCUGGAGCUCCAGAGCGCCGCCGGGUCCGAGGGAACGCCGGAGAACGGGUCAGACUGCGACCCCGGAACACAGCCGUCUCCGGUCCACAGGAGACUGGGUCCGCUCCACUGGCCCAGUGAGCCGGACCUCUGCCCCUCCCCCGCGGUGCCGGGGAUCCAGGGGCAGUCUGCCUCCCAGAUGAACCGUCUGCAGAAGCUGUCUCUGCUCAGACUCUCCACCCUCAUGGACACCUGCUCCCCCCACAGCCGGCAGGGCUGGGGCUGGACUGUUCCAAAGACUCUGAGGAAGACGCUGGCUCCGCACUGGGAGGACGGGGGGGUUUUUGGGGUCCCACUGCUCCAGACUGCCCAGCAGACGGGGUACCCCCUCCCCCCCGGGAUCCUAAAAGCUCUGCACUACCUAAGAGCAGAGGGCCUGGGCCAGGUGGGGUUGUUCCGUAAAUCGGGAGUGAAAUCCCGAAUUCAGCAGCUGCGAGAGAUGGUGGAGGCUGAGCAGGGGGCUGUGAGCUUCGAGGGGCAGUCUGCCUUCGACGUCGCUGACAUGGUGAAGCAGUAUUUCAGGGACCUACCCGAGCCCGUCUUCUCCAGCAAGCUCUGCGAGUCCUUCCUGCACAUCUACCAGUAUUUCCCGAAGGACCGGCAGUUCGCCGCAGUUCAGGCCGCAAUCUUCCUCCUGCCGGACGAGAACCGCGAGGCCCUGCACACGCUCCUCCUCUUCCUCAGGGACGUGGCAGCGCAGGCCCGGGAGAACCAGAUGAGCCCAACAAACCUGGCAGUGUGCCUGGCCCCAUCGCUCUUCCACCUCAACACCCUGCAGAGAGGCCCCUCCACCAGGUCGAGCCACAGGAAGCACAGUCUGGGCAGGCCGAGUGAGAGGGACCUGAGUGAGACCCUGGCAGCCACGCAGGGCCUGGCCCACAUGGUGGGGGAGUCUGUUCACCUGUUCCAGGUGCCCAAGCACUGGCAGAUUCAGGCCCAGAAUGCACUGGGGGAUGAGCCCCUGCAGGAGGGCAGGGAGCGUGAGCUGGAGCUGGCCAUUCAGAGCGUGCUGAGAGAGGCCAGGCAGGGGGCGGGGGCCUGGGCCCCCUUCCCCAGCACAGACAACAUCCACCUGGCCUACAAGAAGGAGGAGGUCGGGGCCCCCCCGCGUUGCUGGAAGGGGGGGGUGGAGGUGGGGGCCUCGGUGGGGGAGGUCCUGCAGCGGCUCCUCCAGGAGCAGGAGCUCUGGGAGGAGGACCUCCUGCACCACGGGGUGAUCCAGGCCCUGGGGCCCCACAGCCACGUGUAUCACUACUGCCUGAGAGGGGUGGGGGCCCGGGCCCCCCAGGACCACCUGCUGCUCAGGACCUGGCGGUGUGACCCCUCCUCUGGAGCCUCCGUUCUGGCUGCUGUGUCCACAGACCGCCCGGCUGCCCCCCCUCACGGGGUCAGGGCCCAGGUGCUCACCUGCGUACACCUGCUGGAGCCCCUGGCCGAGAGGAGGACACGGCUAACGCACAUCUGCUGCACCGACACAGGGGGGCGCUCCCCACACUGGUACCACAGAGUGGCCGGACUGCGUCUGGCACUGCAGCUGGGGAGGAUCAGAGACUCAUUCAGACGGAGAGAGGGAGCGGGAGAGGGAGAGGGAGAUUAA